CUCUCCUCUCCUCUCUCCCCCCCCCCCUUCAAACCUCUCCCUGUGCUUCUCUGCUGGGCUCCAAAAACAGGCCAGUGUUCCCGUCCCCCCCCCCCCCCCAAGACCCAAACUGCUCCAUUGAUCCCGGGACGUCCAGCUCACAGGGUUCCUGCGCGUUGAGCUCUGAGGACCCAGCUGAGCGUCUUCCUGCAGAUUCCCUGAUUUGAAACUUGCCAUCUAUCCAAAGAAAUAAGUCAUCAUAUGUACCUGCCAUAAUAUGGAGCUGCAGAAGCUAUCAAAUGGAAACCACCACCAUGACGUUGAAGUGCCUUCGGAUGGCGGAGUUCCACCUGAGGAGGAAAAGUUCCUGCCACACAAGAGCGAUGGAUCGAAGACAGCUCAGUUCACAGACUUUGAGGGUAAAACCUCUUUUGGGAUGUCCGUUUUUAACCUGAGCAACGCCAUCAUGGGCAGCGGCAUCCUGGGUCUGUCGUACGCCAUGUCAAACACUGGCAUCGUCCUCUUUCUGUUCUUGCUGACGUGUAUCGCAUGUUUAUCCUGUUAUUCCAUCCAUCUGCUGCUAACCAGCGCGGGCGUUGUGGGUAUUCGUGCGUACGAGCAGCUCGGCCUGAGAGCUUUCGGUCAUACUGGAAAGAUUCUAGCAGCGGUCAUCAUAACGCUUCAUAACAUUGGAGCCAUGUCCAGUUACCUGUUCAUCGUCAAAUCUGAGCUACCGCUGGUUAUACAGGCUUUUCUCAACCAGACGUCCAGCUCGGGUGAAUGGUUCAUGAAUGGAAACUACCUCAUCAUCAUCGUCACGGUGUGCAUCAUCCUCCCGCUGACCCUGAUGAAACACCUCGGGUAUCUCGGUUAUACCAGCGGCUUCUCUCUCUCCUGUAUGGUCUUCUUUCUCUCUUCGGUCAUCUACAAAAGAUUCAACAUCCCUUGUCCUCUGGAAGCGUUCGGAAACUUCUCAGUGAGCCCCGUCGUCCCAGAUGAAAUGUGCACGGCCAAAUUCUUCACUGUCAACCAAGAGACGGCGUACACCAUCCCCAUCCUGGCAUUUGCUUUCGUCUGUCACCCUGAGGUGCUUCCCAUCUACACGGAGCUGAGCAACCCAACAAAGAGGAGAAUGCAGAAUAUCGGAAAUGUUUCCAUCCUGGGCAUGUUCAUCAUGUACUUCUUCACCGCCAUUUUUGGAUAUCUGACCUUCUACGGCUUCACGGAGGCAGAGCUCCUCCAUACCUACAGUAAGGUGGAUCCCCUGGACACCCUGAUCCUCUGUGUUCGUCUGGCCGUCCUGGUGGCCGUCACCCUGACCGUCCCCGUCGUCCUGUUUCCUAUCCGUCGCGCUCUCCUGCAGCUGCUGUUCCCAGGUAGACCCUUCCACUGGCUGCGUCACAUCGCCAUCGCCAUGUGUCUGCUGUUCGCCGUCAACCUGCUGGUCAUCCUCGUUCCCAACAUUCGAGACAUCUUUGGAAUCACUGGUGCAACCACUGCUCCCAGUCUGAUCUUCAUCCUUCCAGGACUGUUUUACAUCCGCAUUGUCCCCACUGACCAGGAGCCCAUGAAGUCCAGACCCAAAAUCCAGGCUGCAUGUUUCACAGCUCUCGGUUUCAUAUUCAUGUCCAUGAGUAUAACAUUCAUCGUGCUCGAUUGGACGAGUGGAGAAAAGCGAAGUCUUGGUGGUCAUUAAAUUCCAAUACCCCAAAACCCUCCAGCACCUGCAGGCCAAUGCUGCACCCCCUGGUCCUCCAGUCCUCUGGACAGGAACCAAGACUCAACCUUUCUGCUGGAAGGCUCCCAGCUUUUGUGGGACUGUUUUUAGUAAUCGUAAAGACAAUCUGUCCCUCCAAAGUGGUGACAGGAGCCCACCCAGGUUGAUAUAAACCAUCCAUCAGCAUAUAUCACAGGUGGUGUUCCUUUGUUCACGAAGAGCCGCCAACAUGUUGACCAUGGACGCCCCGUAACUACUCAAAGUUAUUUGCCUUCACAUAGGUAUAAUGUGGUGUUUAAUAACAGCUACAAUAAAAGCAAAUUGGAGGAAUGUCACGAUAAAAAGUUUAAUUUUAACAGCAGCUUUUGAUGGAGUAAAGUUAUUUUAGGAUGUGCUUUAAAUUUUUUUUUGUAUUUAAAAAAUGGAUUCCAUCGUGGUGUUCAAAAUUAAAGUCCAAUCAUUUGUGUUUAUCAGAGAGCUGAACCGUGUGAGAUACCUGAACUAAAGUGUUCAGAUGAUUCAUUUUAAUUCGUCUGUUUUUGGUUAUUGUAAAUCUGAAGGGAAGUGGGCUUCAAUCAGCCUACGUGAAGUUUACACGACUGUGAACCAAUUAAUUUGGUAGAAUUAAUUAGUGAAUUUAUUCUUGAGUGGAUAUUGUUUAAUAAAAAUUCACGAAAGA